CAAACUUCCAGGGCUGCAGCUUGGAGCUGAUGUGCAUCGUCUUUAUUUAGCAGCUGGGUAGAUCGCGAUCAUUGACACAAGCUCAAGGAUAAAUAAGCCCAGACUUUAACGUUUCCCGGUGCAACUCCUAUUAUGAUGGCUGAGUUGAUGGGGUACUAUAUAACGGUCCUUUCAACUGUGGUCUUCUGGUCCCUCCCUUAUAAUACAUCUUCCCUCAAUCUGGAUGAUCCAAACGUCUGCAGUCACUGGGAGAGUUACUCAAGGACGGUGACGGAGUCUUAUGCUCAUCGUUAUGAUCAGAUUUAUUACGCCAACUGUCCAGACAUUCUCAAGUGGUUCAAGUGCACCACAUACAGGGAGAUGUAUCGGACAGCUUAUCGCAGAGGAGAGAAAAUCAUGUACAGGAUAAAGUCACAGUGUUGCCCAGGCUUCUUUGAAAUUGGAGAGAUGUGUGCUCCACACUGUGAAGACAGCUGUGUUCAUGGCAGUUGUGUGGCACCCAACACCUGUCGAUGUGAACCAGGCUGGGGGGGUUCCAACUGCUCCAGUGCUUGUGACAGUGACCACUGGGGCCCCCACUGCAGCAAUAGAUGUCAAUGUAAGAAUGGAGCAUUAUGUAACCCUAUCACUGGAUCCUGUAUCUGCACUCCUGGAUACAGAGGCUGGCGAUGUGAGGCCCAGUGUGAAACCGGCUCUUAUGGAAAUGGGUGUCAAUGGACAUGCCAAUGCCAGAAUGGGGCCAUCUGUCACCAUGUGACUGGAGAAUGCAAUUGUUCACCGGGAUACACAGGAACUUUGUGCCAGGAUGAGUGUCCAGUUGGUACUUUUGGUGCUGGCUGUGCAAAGAGCUGUCACUGUAUGAACAACAAUCAGUGCAUUCAUAUCAACGGAACGUGCCUGUGUGAUGCGGGCUACACAGGAGAAAAAUGUGAUAUCCGCUUGUGCCCUGAAGACCGUUAUGGUUUAAGAUGCAAUAAGAAUUGUCCGUGCCAUACCCCAAGAACUCUAAGAUGCCACCCAGUGUCAGGGAAAUGCACAUGUCAGGCUGGUUGGUCAGGACUCUUUUGCAAUGAGACGUGCACACCAGGAUUUUAUGGCAAAUCUUGCAGUGACUUGUGUCAGUGCCAGAAUGGAGCUGAUUGCCACAGUGUGACUGGAGAAUGUAUCUGUGCUCCUGGCUUUAUGGGAUCCAAGUGUGCAGUCCCAUGCCCAGCUGGGGCAUAUGGAGUAAACUGUUCUGCGACCUGCAAAUGUAAGAAUGGAGUGCAGUGCUCCCCUGUUGAUGGAUCCUGUUCCUGUACAACAGGUCACUGUGACAGUGUGUGUGCAGAAGGAUGGUGGGGCCCAAACUGUUCGCUGCCGUGUAAUUGUAAGAAUGGGACCUCCUGUUCUCCAGACAAAGGAACCUGUAAGUGUGCCCCUGGAUACAAGGGCAUCUUCUGUCAGAACAAGUGUCCCCAUGGUUCACAUGGUUAUGACUGCCGUCAGAGUUGUAACUGUCUUAACAACUCCACAUGUGAUCACAUGACUGGAGCAUGUUAUUGCAGCCCAGGGUGGAAGGGAGUACGAUGCGAUGAAGGUGGCAUAGUGGUGUUUGGAAACUUCAACAAUUUGACCAGCGCAUCCUUUCAUGUAGACGCCUACCAGAUAGGAGUCAUUGCAGGAAUCAUAGUUCUAGUGUUUUUGGUACUUCUUGCCCUGCCCCUAUUCAUCAUCUACCGAAAUAAACAGAAGAGUAAAGAGGCAACAAUGCCAGCUGUAAUCUACACUCCCGCUAUCAGGGUCACAUCUAAUUAUACUACGGCAGAUACUUACACUCCAUCAUAUGAAGCCCACCCCAGCAACUACUUUUCCAACCCCAGUUACCAUACCCUUACCCAAUGCAUCAGUCUGCCUCAUGUCAAGAGUGGUCAAUGUGCAAAGACUGGUAGCAAUCUGUUUCCUAACAUGGAGAAUGUGGCUCUUGGUGCUCAUACUGGAACCAGGCUUAACAACUGGAAACAAGGGGCCCACUUCAAUGAACUGGGAGCCUGUGGAGUUGACAUGACUUGCAUUGGAAAAUCACUGCAAGACAUGGUAAAGGGUGCUGACUAUCUUGCAAGUUCCUCUUCUCUUGUCAGCUCUGAAAACCCAUAUGCCACAAUAAAGGACCCCCCCUCGCCAACAUCCAAAAACACUGAAAGUAGCUAUAUGGAAAUGAAAUCACCCACCAGGAGAGAUUCAGCAUAUGCAGAAAUUAGUGACACCAGUCUGACUGAUAACCAGAAGGUUAAAGCAGAGAUGAGUAUCAAAACCAUCCAACCCACUGGAGAUGGUGACACUCAUCUGCAGUUUGGAAAGGAGCCAACUGACCAGACAAAAAACAACCAGAUCUCCUGUGAUUAUGACACCCUGCCACCCACAGAAAGUUUUCUGUCAGAGACCAAGGAGGUGGAUUGUGAGUAAAGGCAAAGAGACUCAGAACCAAGACCAGCUCUCAAGUUCUGUCUGCAUCUCCUGCACGAGAUGAUGUUUAUUAAAUAUCCCUGGAGUAUAUAUUAUUAUGAUUACUGUUGUUUUUAUUAUUAUUAUUAAUGUGUCUGAAAUCAAUCCUUUCUAUCACAUGGAUCUGUAAUAGAAUAUAAUCCUUCUAUUUAUCAGUAUCCAUUUUGUAAAGGAAUUAUGAUUAAAAUCUUUCCUUCAUCUUAAAGGAAAGAUUUGCACUUUUUGACAUUUAUUAUUAUUAUUGCAAAAUGUCUGCGACUGACUGGCGACCUGUCCAGGGUGACCC